AUGGCUGCCUUCGAUCGUGCGAUUGUCAUCGGUGUCGUGGUACUCUGUUCUGUACUGUGCAUGGCCUACGCUGCCGAAACGGCGAGCGAUGUGAACAACAACUUUGACGGUGACCUGACAGAGGGACGCACUUUUGGGCAUCACUUCCUGAAGCGCAUCAGUUUUGCCAUGAUUCCGGCUGCGUUCGUCGUCGGCGUUAUCACCACCCUGCUGUCCGCCCUGACCGUCGUCUCGAUGAAGGGCCUGGGAGUAGGAGUUAUCCUGCUGGUGCUCACGAUCUCGCAAGUGAUCGCCCGUAGCUUCCCAGCACCUCUGCCCCCUCCGGUCCCGGUGGCUUACAGCGCACCGGCACCCGCCCCCAUUCCGCUGGUCUACAAGGACUGGUGA